GAUGCAGGUGGAGGGCGGACCAAGUUGGUCAAAAGACAGGAGGAGGAGCAAUCUCCGAGACAACCUGGUUGUCAGAGAGCUGCUGAUGUUCUCACGGUGACAGGCAGCAGACCUGUCCGAAGUGAAGCUCCACCACAAGCCGCUGAGCCCUGCCUGGCCAGCUACCAACCUUCGUCUCUGCAGCAGGGAACUUGAGCUCAGCUAGCUAACCUCUCCUUUAUCAACCAAACGGCUUUUCUGGAUAAACCAACCUAACAACAACUACAGUGCCCUUUCUUUUGAAAUAACAUCAGAAAUGUCCAUACUGCCAUUCACCCCCCCGAUCGUUAAGAGCCUCCUAGGAUGGAAGAAAGGAGAACAGAACGGACAGGAGGAAAAAUGGUGCGAAAAGGCUGUCAAAAGUCUCGUGAAGAAGUUGAAAAGGACGGGACAAGUGGACGAGCUGGAAAAAGCUAUCACAACACAGAAUAUGAACACUAAAUGCUUGACCAUACCCAGGUCUUUAGACGGACGCCUGCAGGUCUCCCAUAGAAAAGGUCUCCCUCAUGUCAUCUACUGCCGCCUGUGGCGCUGGCCCGACCUGCAGUCUCAUCACGAACUGCGGGCUGUGGACCACUGUGAAUUUGCUUUUAACACAAAGAAAGAUGAAGUGUGUGUCAACCCCUACCAUUACCAAAGGGUGGAGACCCCAAUUUUGCCUCCUAUCUUAGUUCCACGCCACACAGAUAUUUCUACUGACUUCCCACAAUUGGAUGACUGCAGCCCAUCCAUUCCUGAAAAUACAAAUAUCUCCACUAACACAGAGCCUCAGAAUAACUAUAUUCCAGAAACUCCCCCGCCUGGAUAUAUGAGUGAGGAUGGGGAAACAAAUGAUCACCAAGUCAACCUCAACAUGGACACUGGUUCACCCAGCAUGUCGCCCAAUCCUGUGUUUCCAAUGAACAGUAAUCUCAAUUUACAGCCAGUGACCUACUGUGAAUCAGCUUUCUGGUGCUCCAUCUCCUACUAUGAGCUGAACCAGCGUGUUGGAGAGACCUUCCACGCUUCUCAGCCUUCCCUCACAGUAGACGGAUUCACAGACCCGUCCAACUCUGAACGCUUCUGUCUGGGCUUGUUGUCCAAUGUGAACCGCAACUCUGCAGUAGAGCUCACACGCAGACACAUAGGACGAGGUGUGAGGCUGUACUACAUUGGGGGGGAGGUAUUUGCAGAGUGUCUGAGUGACAGUGCCAUCUUUGUUCAAAGUCCAAACUGCAACCAGCACUACAGUUGGCACCCUGCCACUGUGUGCAAAAUCCCACCAGGUUGUAACCUUAAGAUUUUCAACAACCAGGAGUUUGCUGCCCUCCUCGCCCAGUCGGUCAACCAGGGCUUUGAGGCAGUCUACCAGCUCACCAGGAUGUGUACUAUUCGAAUGAGUUUUGUUAAAGGUUGGGGUGCCGAGUACAGACGUCAAACAGUGACCAGCACCCCCUGCUGGAUAGAGCUACAUCUUAAUGGUCCUUUGCAGUGGCUGGACAAGGUUCUCACACAGAUGGGCUCUCCCAGCAUCCACUGCUCCAGUGUGUCUUAGGAAGAGGUCUAUUCCCAUCCACAAUGGAAAGGUUGCAUAGAUUUUAGAUGAGGUAGGGUUAGAAACUCCAUUCAUCAAAGCCACGAUCUCCCAUCCUGUGCUGAUAGCUUUAUUCACUUACGAAACACUGUGACAUGGAAUUUUACGAUUAUGUUAGGCCUUAUAUAUGCUUUUGUUGCCAAACAUUUGUUCUGUUUUCCAGUUUUUGGAUUAAAUGGGUUUUUAAUCAUACAUUCAGAGAUUAGACAUGCCUUAAACCCAGAUAUCUGUCUACCUCUGUAGAUUACCUUGCUUUUUGCUAGUCAUUUUUGAGUUUUACUCAAUUUUUUAUUCGUUUCUCAUCUGUCAAACCAUAAAAUACAAUUUCAUAAAACAUGUGAUUUUGUCACCAAUUAGAAUUUACCCAAUAGUCUAAGUACAAAGUACUUCCAUGAUGAUUUACGUAAUGAAUCAACGCAUCAUAGAUGCAUUUGAUUUUUUUUUAAUUGGUAUUUUAUCAAUGUCAAUAUUCUAUGAAAGAGAAAGCCUCAUUAUUUCUGUGAAAGAAUAUUUGUAUGAAAACUAUUUUCCUUGGUGAAAUGUUUUAUAAUUUAUUUUUUGCAAAUUCUGCAAAAAAUCUGUUUUUAUUGACGUUUUCAAAAAAAUUAAAUAUACAAUUAUUUAUAGUCGGUAAUUUAACAUUGAUGAACAGCUUAAAACAAGGGUCCUGACUCUUAGGCCCCUCCUUAACUUGGCCUUCUUAGGUAUGCAUGUUUGAGCCAGUUCAGCUAGUUUCAGAGUGAACCUCAGGAUUAAUGAAGUUUAAUUUGUAUUUAUUAUCUACAGAGUGCUUUGAAAAGGAAUAAAAUAGACAUAGGAAACCUUAAAUCAGAAAAACACUGACAAUAGCUGACGUCUUCAUUUUCUUUCUUUGAUUUUGAUUUUAAUAACACUGAAGCCAACAUAAUUUGCCUCAUUUAUUGGUUCUAUAGAAACUGCAAGACUGUUCAGCUUUUACUUCUUUGUAAUUUUCAACUUUUUUACAUAAUAUUGUGGGGAUAAAGGUAUAAAAUAAUUUGAUGUUUUACUCCUGUCCUUUACUUGUAAUGUCUUAUAAGACCAAAAAAAAGAAACUGGUGAAAAUAAAUAUAAGUAACAAUUAUAAGUUACAAUCUUUAGUCCAUACUCUGUAAUGAAAGUCAAAGUUUAUGUAAAAAGUAUUUAUUUUUAAUCGCAGCUUUCUGAUUUGGGCCUCUUUAAUGAACCAACACAGUGGAUUGAAUCUUGACAUUUUGUUCUUAUUAAGGAGGUAUGCUAUGACAGGUGAAAGUUUUUUUCAUCAAGAACAAACUUUCCUUAUUUAUCCCGAACAGUAAAUCCUGCUUGUGGGUAAAUGAUGCACUUCCACAGAAAUGUGUAGAAAAGCUUUAACUGUUGCUCUGAUCUGCUUGUGCAAUAAACACUGUGUGCUACUUA